UGGUAGCUUAUUUAAUUUCCAAUUUUGGGCAAAUACAAUUCUUGCUGCUGUAGUUACAUGUAUAAUCAAAUAGGUAUCCUCUUUCUUAAAUCUUACAAUGCCUUUUAGCUACAUCAAAUCAUUCAGUUUUUGAAUAAGUACACACCGGCAGCUGUUCAGAUCAUUUGGUCAAUGAAUCACAUUACUUUACCUAGAUCCACUUAGAAAAAGGGGCACCCCUUUAUCGGCGUGCCCAGAACCACAGCUAUAAAUUUGGUGCAGAUAUAGGAACAAAAUGAGAGUCUGUUUCAUGAAUGGGACCUCAAAAACGCUCCCCUUACUUUGCAGUCUGCGGCAACCAACCCAGCCCGUGUUUCAGGAGACAAGAGCGACUCUAAUCCCGCAGGUGCGCUUUCCUGCAGUAGAGCAAGAAGAGCCCCACAAGGCAAAAUCCGUCGCCGACCCUGCCCCACGGCAUGGGGUUAAUUCGGUUUCCUGAAUAUGGAGGUUCCUCUUUCCUGGGCAGGUCCAGACUUUUCCUACCGAGACGAGAGAAGGGCAGACUCUCGUUUUCAUCCGGGCGCUUCAGCAUAAGAGUCCCUGCGAAGCAGUCGACCGCCUCCGGCUUCAAUAGUAUGUGUUGAUAUCCACACCCCAGGAAGAAAGGCGCCACCUCGGGCUGGCGUCUGGACCAGACGAGAACAAGAGGGGAGGGGAGGCGACAAGAACAUCCCGCCACGCCAUUCCCGAUUGGCAGCUCCGCGCUUGAACUGGAAAGCAGGAAGAGCGAGAGCAGCCGCGGAGGCUCGCGCGCGCAUGCGCACCCCAGAGGGGACGUCUCGGGCUUCCUUCCUCUUGGCUCCUCCCCCUUCCAGCCUCCGAGGUGGUGAGUCUUUCCUCAGCGCAAAAGCAGUCCGUGGCGGGAGGGGGGAAAGAGCGGAGUGGCUCGAGCGCAAGCUGUUGCCUUGCCUUGCGGGGAUCCGCCGCCAGUUCGCCAAGGGAGCCGAGCGCGCGCCCGCCCGCCCGGGACUGAGCGACCCAUCGGCUGCGGGGUAAAGGUGGGUGGCUGCACCGUGCAGAGGUGGCCGAGAAGGGGCGGCGCGUUGCUCCGACAGCACUGUCGACGAGGUUCAUUGUCGCCGUGGCUGAACGAGGGACAGCAAUACUACACAUCAUGAGGGCAGAAAAAGAAAUACAAGGAAAAAGUCAUCUGCACCAGUAUAGAAGCCUGAACAACUAUUUCAUGAUGAACAUAGAUGAUGAAGAAAAUAUGAGUUCAGGCAGCACUGAUAUUAAAGAGAACCGCAACAUGGACAACAUUCCACCUAAAGAUGGGACUGUGCAAGGUGCUGGGGAGGGGAAUCAGCUCCCUAAUGGUGGAGGCACUAGCAGCAGGAAGCGGCCGUUGGACGAGGGAAGCAAUGGCCAUUCCAAGUUCCGCCCAAAGAAGAAAAAGAAAACUCCAGGUCCAGUGCUGCCCAAGAAUGCCCUGAUGCAGCUAAAUGAAAUCAAGCCUGGCUUACAGUACAAGCUCCUCUCCCAAACUGGACCAGUUCAUGCUCCAAUUUUUGUGAUGGCAGUAGAAGUUAAUGGGCAGAUGUUUGAAGGGUCUGGCCCCACAAAAAAGAAAGCAAAACUCCAUGCGGCUGAGAAAGCUCUGAGGUCCUUUGUGCAAUUUCCUAAUGCAUCAGAAGCUCAUCUAGCAAUGGGUAGAACUCUUUCGGUAAAUACAGACUUUACUUCUGACCAAGCCGAUUUCUCAGACACCCUCUUCAAUGGGUUUGAAAAUCCAGUUCAGUCUGACCAUUCCUUUUACUUGGAAUCCAAUGGAGAUGGUUCCUUUACCUCCAGUCCAGAUUUCAGCCUCUCAUCUGUUGUGGCUAGUAGUUUUAUCCAGUCAUCUCUCCCUGCCCCAUCACCAUAUGCAUCAACCAGUGGGAAGAAUCCAGUGAUGAUACUAAAUGAACUUCGACCAGGGUUAAAGUAUGAAUUUAUUUCAGAAAGUGGAGAGAGUCAUGCUAAGAAUUUUGUAAUGGCUGUGUCAGUGGAUGGCCAAACGUUUGAAGGUUCUGGACGGAACAAAAAACUGGCAAAGGCUCGGGCAGCUCAGUCAGCUCUCGCAUCUUUGUUUAAUAUGCAGCUGGACCAAACACCAUCUCACCAACCUAUUCCUAGUGAAGGCCUCCAGUUACACUUGCCACAGGUUUUAGCUGAUGCUGUUGCACGCUUGGUCGUAGAGAAAUUCAGCGAUUUGACAGAUAACUUUACAUCACCUCAUGCACGUAGAAAAGUGCUAGCCGGUGUUGUCAUGACAACAGGUACUGAUGUGAAAGACGCUCAGGUUAUAAGUGUUUCUACAGGAACAAAAUGUAUUAAUGGGGAAUAUAUGAGUGACCGUGGUCUUGCUUUGAAUGAUUGCCAUGCAGAAAUUAUAGCUCGGAGAUGCCUACUUAAAUUUCUUUAUACACAACUUGAACUACAUUUAAGCAAUAAGGAAGAUCAGCAAAAAUCUAUUUUUAUCAAGUCAGAACAAGGUGGCUUUAAAUUGGAUGAAAAUGUGCAGUUUCAUCUCUAUAUUAGUACCUCCCCUUGUGGUGAUGCUCGGAUUUUUUCACCACAUGAAGCUGCCCAAGAAGAUCAAGGAGACAGACACCCAAACCGGAAAGCAAGAGGUCAGCUACGGACAAAAAUUGAAUCUGGGGAAGGAACGAUCCCUGUCCGUUCUACAACUACAAUCCAGACAUGGGAUGGUGUUCUUCAGGGAGAGAGGUUACUUACUAUGUCUUGCAGUGAUAAGAUAGCUAGGUGGAAUGUACUUGGUAUUCAAGGAGCUUUACUUAGCCUCUUUGUAGAGCCAAUAUACCUCUCAAGCAUUAUCUUGGGAAGUUUGUAUCAUGGAGAUCAUUUGUCCAGAGCAGCAUACCAGCGGAUAGCAGAGAUAGAAGAUCUACCAUCUCUCUACCUACUUAACAGACCAUUACUCAGUGGUAUUAGCAAUGCUGAAGCCCGUCAGCCAGGAAAAGCACCUAAUUUCAGUGUGAACUGGACAGUUGGGGAUGCUGGGCUGGAAGUUAUUAAUGCUACAACAGGCAAGGAUGAGCUUGGUCGUGCAUCCCGUCUUUGUAAGCAUGCACUAUAUACUCGCUGGAUGCGUGUUUAUACAAAGCUUCCUGCCAAUCUUCAUUCAAAAGUCAAUAAGCCAAAUAUAUAUCAUGAAACAAAACAGGUAGCUGUGGAAUAUCAAACUGCCAAAGAGUGUUUGUUUAAAGCAUUUCUGAAGGCUGGCCUUGGGGCCUGGGUGGAGAAGCCUAUAGAGCAAGAUCAGUUUUCCCUGGCUGUCUGAAUUAUGGUUUGCACUUCAUGGGACUCCGAUGAAAGGUCCAGUUUCUGUAUCAACAUUUCAUCCGUUCAUCUAUAACAGCAGCUUUUUAACUUUUGUGAUUUGGGGAACUAACUUGUGAUUAAUUCGUUUUGGUUUUGUUGAGUUAAUUCAAACUAAAGAAAAAACUGAUGAUAUAGUAACUAGUUAGAACCAAAACAAAAUUAUUUGAUUACAAUCUCAAGACUAUCUUCGCAGGAAAAAAAAUCUUGGUGCAAUUUUUUCAAUCAUUCAUCCACACUUUUUAACAAUUAUUUUAAUGAAUUGCUGUCAGAUGCAUGUAUAAUGCACAUGGGAUAGGAUUUUUACAUGCCAUUCAAGUAUGUACUUUAACUUUGUGUUCUAUUUUCAGAGCCUUAGAAAAAAGAAAAAUUAUGCACUUUUAGAGUUUUAUUUUUAAAUUGAUUAAUAUCAUACCAAUGAUAGAAAUUACAAAACUGGACUGGUGUUUAGACAGUUUUUCCUGCUUCUGUCCCCACCCUUAAAACACAGCUGCUGAAAAUCUUUGUCUUUGCUGUGUGUAUGUGAUAGUUUUUAACAUGCUACUUUCUAUUCCAUUUUAAAAUACUUGUCUUCAAUUAGCAUUUAUAUGCAUUGUGACAUUAUUGGUUUUUACCAUUGUAAACUGGAAACUAUUUGUAAACUAAUAGAGUAUAGACUUCAGCUUAGAUGUAGGUGGUUCUUUGUUUCACAGGAACCUUCUAAAUUACCACAGUAACAUUAUCAAUGUGGUGACCAUUUCAGAACACUCUUUCCUUUGUGAGAAACUUGCCGAUUUGCCAAAAACCUACUGCACAUGUGCACCACAACAGUUAAAUGAGUGAAAGGUUAUUCUAAGUUAAAUUAUAUGUUCUUUAAAGAUUUAACUUAUUUUCAGCCAAACUGUAUAUAACUAUGAGGUUAUGCUGCCUGUGACUGUAAACAUGUGGAUAUAAAACUACCUAUCCAGAUUAUUCUGCAAUGUAGUUUUGUUUGAUCUAGUAUAAUAGGAAUAAAUGUUGAGCACCUAUUUAUUUAUGAAGUACCCAAUCCAUAAGCAUGUUUGUAUGUGUCUGGAUCUCUGAAAGACAGCAAUAUUUGCAGAGGGAACUAGUACUUGUGCUGAGCAUAGGUCUUCAGACUCCCUAGAGCAGGGGUGUCAAACUCACAUUGUCAUGGCGUCAUCACGUGACGUAUCGAAACUUUUUUCCUCUUUGCUGAACUGGGUAUGGGCACGGCCAGUGCAUGAGGCAUCGGCCCGCGGGCUGGGAGUUUGACAGCCCUAUCCUAGAGGAUCCUCUGCUUAAUAAUCAUGGUCAGUGUCCUGCACCAACUAUUAGCUGCAAAGGCUUACCCUGAAAUACAGUGUGUAUAUGUCCUCGUGUUGAGCUAACUAAUCCAUCAAGCCAUCUCUUCUACCCAGUUUCAGUGUUUCACAAAGCAUUUAUUCUGUUUAUUGAUUGAUACCUCACCUCUAGCUUUAUCUCAAUUAGAGAAAGUAGUUAUAAACAUGAAAUUGUGCUAGGGUUUUAUUUCAGUAAUAAAAAAGCGAAAGAGCUAAAACAAAAUUAAUAACAACAAAAUAAAAAUUAGUUUGGUCUUUUCAAUUCACAUUCUGGCAAAGUAUGCCAUGUAGGUUUUACACUGUUAAUUUUGACUGUUCUUCAGUUUGAAAAUAACAUGUUUUGCGAAAUAAAUGCUAGGAAUUUCAGGUGAUACUCAUAUUGAAGAUUUCAGGUCAGCUAUAGGUAUUUUUCAAUGUCCGGGUAAAGAGAUGUAGUAGAUAGAAAUAAUAGCUAGCAUCUGCAUCUCAUUUCUAUGUGGAGCCUGGAUAGAACUAUCUACAGUAUAUUGUAUUGUGUUGAUAGAUACAAACACCCAUGGAAGGAUAUAUGCAUGUCCAUGAAAGCCUUAUUCAGUAUUUAAUAGAUACGCCCCUUGUCUUUCUCAAGACAAAGGCCAUCUCUAUUCUGGUAUAGAACUGUGGACAAGGAAAUCACAGAAUGAGAUCUGAACUCUGUGGAAAUUUGGGCAGGCAUGGGAAAGGAUUCUAGACUACGGUCAUCUCUUCCUCUCAUGAGUAUAUCCACUCUUCCUCCUCUAACAGUCAUCUAUGUAACAUAUCUGUAUGUGCUCCUUUGGUCUUUGGUCAUUCCUAACAAAUUUCACUGGGUCCACCCAGUCAUGAGCUCCUUAUCCAGGCUCCUGUGUCUUCCUCAAGCAAACUAAUAGCAAAUGAAUGGUUGGUGGGCUGCACUAGCAAUUAAUGAUGCAAUUUAUGGCUGUUGCAAGAAGUCUGCAGACAACACUGAUCACUGGUGAAACAACAGAGAGGCCUCUCCAUUGAUACUGUAAAAACAUCAAGCAGAGUGGGGAACCAUGUGGCAUCUCCAUCAGCAGCCAAGUGAAUUGCUCCAGAAGCCAUUUGCUGCAGAGAACCACAUGAAGCUUCAUGGCUAAGAUGAGCUGUCAAAAUCCAUCAUGUCUUAUCAAGGAGAAAAAACAAAUGCAGGUAUUUUGCACAGAUGACCUAACUCUAACCUUAAGAAACCAUACUUUAUGCAGGUGCAAAGUCCACCUCUCAUUUAAGUGUAUGCAUAAAGUAACCAGACAUGGCAAAAAAUAAAUAUGCAAAAACUUUCUGCAACUAUUAAAAUCUGAUCUCUAAUUAUUAGUUGCAGAUAUUGAAAAACUGCAGGUAACAAGAACUGCCUUUUUUUAAAGGAAAAAUUAUUCACUUAAAAAAACCAAUAGUAAUAAAUAUCUGUGUUGAUAGGGCCCUACAAAAUGUAGUCUGCAAGAGAAAAUUAUUUAUGUAACACAUUUAAAUGGCAAUGACAGAAUUGUAACUUGAAUUAAAUAGGCAAUAGCUACAUUUAUCUACUGAAAAGUUCAUCACAUAAAUAUUCACGCUACAAUAUACAUUAUUGAUAAUCA